GUCCAAACCACGGAGCCUGUCAUAUUUUCCUCCUUUUUUGGACAUUUAUUUGACUUUUAGUCAUGGAUCCACGGGCUCCACAAAAACCGUGGGAGAGACGAAUCCCCGGGGCUAUGGCUGCCCCCGUAAACUACAGGACUAAACUAAUACUAAACCAGGACUACAUCAGGUCUCAACCAGGACCCAGGACGACAUCAGGUCUCAACCAGGACCCAGGACGACAUCAGGUCUAAACCUGGACCCAGGACGACAUCAGGUCUCAACCAGGACGACAUCAGGUCUCAACCAGGACGACAUCAGGUCUCAACCAGGACGACAUCAGGUCUCAAUCAGGACGACAUCAGAUCCACAGACUUUGCUCCCUCUCUCCCUCCCUCUUCUGCUCCUGGACCUCCUGUUCUCACACGCAUGGCUCCUCCUCUGCCCCCUCGGCCCGUUCAGCAAACCUACCGCCCUUCAUACUCCAACUUCAACUCCUCCUACGGCGCCCCCUAUGGAUCGAGCUCCUUCUACACGCCCGGCUACUCUCCCUACGGGUAUGGCUCGGGCUAUGGCUCGGGCUAUGGCAUCGGCGGAUAUGGACAUGGGCGAUUUCUACCUCAUUCCGAUGAAAUUGCCCCGAGUCGAUUUGUCCAGCAGGCAGAAGAGAGUAGCAGAGGCGCGUUCCAGUCUAUUGAGAGCAUCGUCCACGCUUUUGCGUCUGUCAGCAUGAUGUUAGACGCUACGUUUUCAGCCGUUUACAACAGUUUCAGGGCAGUUCUUGAUGUUGCGAAUCACUUCACCAGAUUGCGAGCUCACCUCACUCGGGUUUUAUCGGCAUUUGCACUUGUGAGGACUUUGAGGUACUUGUACAGGAGAUUGCAAAGGAUUCUGGGAAGAAGUAUAGACUCUGAAGCGGAUGAUCUUUGGGCAGAAAGUGCUAGUGAUGCUUUAGCGACACCCAGAGGAGCAGAGGAGCAGUCUGUCAAGUCUUGGCCAAUUUUCUUGUUCUUCGCAGUAGUUUUGGGAGGGCCGUAUCUUAUCUGGAAACUGCUGAGCUCUGCAACAGAUACAGAAAGGACUGACACAGAGUGGGCGAGUGGAGAGGACGACCAUGUUGUGGCCAGAGCAGAGUUUGACUUCACUGCUGCGUCAGAGGAGGAGAUCUCGAUGAGAGCAGGAGACAUGCUCAACCUGGCCCCAAAAGAGCUGCAGCCCCGAGUGCGCGGCUGGUUGUUGGCCAGUUCAGACGCUCAGACCACGGGACUCGUUCCUGCAAACUACGUCAAAGUUUUGGGCAAACGCAGAGGCCGCAGACAGGUCGAAAUGGAGGCACAACAAAUGAACGCUCCAAUACAACCUGCUACUGCUGUUCAGCCUAAUAUUGAAACCUCCACAACCCUACACCCAGGUCUACCCACAACCCAAGCCCAAGCCCAAAACGUCACCUCAAACCUGGGGCAGACAGAGGAGCAACUGGAACAGGUCUAUGGAGAAGCGCCUAACACAAAUAUACCUACAGUAAUAAACAUAGAGGACAAAAAUGAGUUAUAACAAUGUCUAUGUACAAAAUCAGGCUUUUCAGGCAAAUCAGCUUUUCUGGUGGAAGCUUUGAUUGCUUUCACUGGAAUGUUCCACUGUAUGGCGUUACAUUUGUCCACAUGGCACUUAAUCAAAUACUGGUGUUUGUAUUACUAAAAAGUAACAUUGAUUCUUCAUACUUUGAGUGGGGUCACGGCUCCACAGAUUUGACUUGUAACUUCACCUGGUAGCGUCACCUGCUCGUCUCUAUGGAGAUACACAAUAUACUCCAGGCAAAGCAAUAAUAGACAGACAAUCCACCAGAAAAGUUACGCACUUUUUUAAGAAUAUUGAUCUUAUAUCUCUGGUCUGUAGGCUGGAUACUCAUGGGUUUCAGUUUCCUGUUAUAGGCGACAUUUGGAGGACCUUAUUUUCUGAUUUCUGGAGUCAUUGGAUUAUUGAAAUGUAAACAGUAAUGUGAACAAGUGUAUCUGUGUGUUAUGACGAGGUUUUUGACUAAAUUAUGCAAAAAAGCAAAGUAAUGUGGCAAAGAGAAAAGUUGACAUACAUAAAAUUUUGCUGGGUUAAUGUGCUGCAUAAAAGAAUAAGUGGUUCUAAUGAUAUACCUAAUUGCUUUUUCAUUCAAUCAUGUUUGUAAUGUCUGCUCUUUGUUGUUCUAGGACUGUAACAUCACAUUUGUUCAAAAGUUGUCAAUAGAGUUGGUCUUGUAUAGCUUUGUUGACCCUCGCAAAGAAAUUAAUUAUAAACUCCGUCCUUUUAACAGCAAUUCUGAUGGAAUAGAAAUUAUUUUAUGCAAUGGUUUUGGUUCCAUUUAAAUCCAUACUGUUGAUUGACCACAAUUUACACAAUGAUUGUAUAGUUUUCAACAUCUUAAAUUUGUCCAUGGUUGAGGAAAUUUGUAUAUAGUAAUAUAUUUUGAGAAUAAAUCUGGUUUAAAUUUUAAAA